CGCUUCAGCGGCUGGUUCGACGCCGACCUCAGCCCGGCCGGCGGCCAGGAGGCGCAGCGCGGCGGGGAGGCGCUGAGAGCAGUGUAGUGACCAGUUCCCCUCUCCCAUCCCUCACGUGGGGCUGCACCGCUGUGCAAGAUGCUCUGCUCUGCCAGGACUCCUCUCUCUCUCCUUGGCGCUGAGUCAUUCAGGAGUGGUGCUCCUGACCAUGCUGGCUAUGAGUUUGACAUCUGCUUCACCUCUGUCCAGAAGCGGGCAAUCCGCACUCUCUGGAUAGUGCUGGAUGCCAUUGACCAGAUGUGGCUGCCUGUGGUGAGGACCUGGCGCCUCAAUGAAAGGCACUAUGGUGGCCUGACAGGCCUCAACAAGGCUGAGACAGCUGCUAAGCAUGGGGAGGCCCAGGUGAAGAUCUGGAGGCGUUCCUAUGAUAUCCCACCACCUCCCAUGGAACCGGACCACCCUUUCUACAGCACCAUCAGCAAGGACCGUCGUUAUGCUGACCUGACCGAGGACCAACUGCCGACCUGUGAGAGCCUGAAGGACACCAUUGCCCGGGCCCUGCCCUUCUGGAAUGAAGAGAUCGUGCCCCAGAUCAAGGAGGGCAAACGAGUUCUCGUUGCCGCCCAUGGCAACAGCCUGCGAGGGAUCGUUAAGCACCUGGAAGGCAUGUCCGAAGAGGCCAUCAUGGAGCUUAACCUGCCCACUGGCAUCCCCAUCGUCUACGAGCUGGACAAGAACCUGAAGCCCAUCAAGCCCAUGCAGUUCCUAGGGGACGAGGAGACUGUCCGCAAGGCCAUGGAGGCUGUGGCAGCUCAGGGCAAAGCCAAGAAAUGAAGGCAGGUAGUGGAGGCUUGUGAGCAGUAGAUGAGCCCCCUUCCCACCCCUCCCCUGCACACACUGUCCACAGCCAUAAGAACCGAGUACAGAGCCAGCUCCCUGGGACCUGCACCCCUCCGCAGACAACCCUGCAACCCACAGGUCAGCUAGACUGCAGAGACAGCGGGGAGCCUCUCCUCAGUAGCCAGGCGGUACCUGCCUCCAUAAGGCUCCAGCGAGCCCUGGGCUAGACAGGGACUGUGUAAGGUAUUGGCCAACCCAGGCAUUCCCUAGACAGUCCCCCUGGGCCUUCCCAGCUGUGCUUGGGGAGCUCUUGUCAUCCUCAUGAGUUUUACUGUUCCUUGAUGAUGUCAUUCCAGGCCUGUGAGUGAGGGGUGAAUGCUGCUGUGAGUAGGGACCAGUCUUCCUCUCAUGCCCCUGGGGGUUUGUCCCUGUUUACUUCUUGGAAAGGGCCAUGUUUGGGGUGCUGCCUCUGUAGCGGUGUUCACGGUGUGGGGGAGCGCACGGGCCAGCAACUGUACCUAGCUCUCCAGGGCCAGCUCUUUAAUUUAAUGCCUUCCACCACAGACUGGGGAGGGGGGCGUAUGGAGGAGUGUGGUGUCGAGCUAGCAUCGGCCCUGCCCUUGAGCUUCUGCUGCCCCCUUGCCUGCUGUGUAGUGCUAGUGAAACACAGCUCCUGUAUGUUAGCCCACGCACUUGUGUACCUGGCACUGGCCUCGCUGCGUGCCUGGGUUUGCACUGGGUCUAGUGUAACUGUCCAACAGUAGCGGUUGUCUCGUUCAGUACAAUAAAGGAGUGAUGUGCAAUA